UUGUGGGGAACUCUCAUUCUCCAGUCGAGAAGCGAAAACAUGGCGAAGAGAUCGGAUUUUGCUCAGAAGCUGUUGGAUGAUCUCCGAGUCCGGAAGGAGCGGAUGGCUGCCUCUCAUCAUCAUCAGAACUCCAGAGGUUCAAGACCAGUUGCUUCAGAUUCAUAUGCAUACACCAAACCAACAUCUAGAAGUUCCAGGGACAUGAGAACUCAACAGACAGCAGGCAUUAGGACUGCAGCUGGGCACAAUAGACAUAGUUCAAGCAACAGAUCAAUUUCAAUGGAGAACAAUUCAAAGCAGCUUGUUCCAGUUAGGAGAGGUCAACAACAAAACCAUCAUCAACAAGUUGGAGAUCUCACCAUGGCGCUAACUUUUGCUAUUGAGAACGGAGCAAAACUCGGGAGAAUGGAUGCACCUGGGAGCAGGUCAAUGCUGAAUUUCCUGCAUCAAAUUAGCAGAAGAUCAGUGGACUGGGAAACAUGCAGAAAGCAAAAGACCUUCAAAGACUCCUUCUACCUACACCAAGGAAUUACGAGAAGUGAUCUCAAACAGAGGAUGCUAAUGGCCCUGCCUUACGCUUCUGAGGACCCUGAAAAGGUUUCUGAUGUUGGCCACUCGACUAUUCCUUCUCACAAGCGAUCAUCCAGCCGUGUGCCCAGUGUGAGGAAUCCGACAGUUACUGAAACGAGGAAUCAAUCAAGUGCAUCAAAACCCAAGACAGAAAAGAAAAGGAUCUCUAACGUAGUUGCUAAAUUGAUGGGGAUGGAAGAACUUCCAGAAAAUGAAGAUGUAGUGGAUGGUACUAUGGAGAAAGAGGCCAGUUCCAGGAAGAAAAGUGUGGCGUCAGUUGUGACUUCCCCGGAGAAGGGUAAUGAUAGGCGGAAGAAAAAAGAUGUGGAGAAUUUGGUACCUCCUCCACCUCCAGGAAGGAAGCAAAAGCAGGUGAUGCAAGAAGAAACAUCUGCACUGCAAUCGGAACAAAAUGAUAGAAGAAAAAUCCACAAUGAUGCCGAAGGGAUAAAGCCAAUGAGAGGGUCGAACAUGGCUAACAUGAAAAUAGACAAGCAGCAAAGCAACUAUAUAUCAAGCCAACUCAACAGAAGUGUAAAGGAGAUUGGAGAGAAAGAAGGGAAAUAUAACAAUGCAGAGGUCAAGCGGGGACAGAAAGUCGAUGAUUUUGAGGACAUGAUCCCACGACAUGACCAAUACCAGUUGGUAAUGGUGCCACAGAUCUGGCAAGGAAGAGAAAUUGCUCGCCUGCCAGCCACAGAGCUGAAAAAUCCACCCACAAGAGCACAGAAAGUGGAAACUGCCCGAAGGAUUGAUGAACUUGCAGACAAGAGGAGAGGAGCUUCACAAAAGUUACCCAACCCGCCCCUGGUGAAACGCCAGGCUUCCUCCACAUUCCCACAAAAGAAGCAAAGGGGAGUCGAUAAAAAGCUGAGUGCAGCAAAGGAAACAAAUAAGGAGAGAUCAGGGAAGCUCAAAGAUCCAAAAGUUCAACUAGUCAAAUCCGAAAAGCCUGCAGCAAGCAUUCAGCAAGCAUACACAUCAAAAGAGCCACAAACUGAGACUGGGGAAGCUUUGUAUUUCCAAUUACAUGAUGAUCUAAGUGACGAUGGUGCAAGCCUCAAGGGUCCAGAAUUCCCAAUUUAUUCUGAGAACAUAGUCUCAACGGAGAUAGGUAAGCAAGAGGAUCAAGACACCAACAACGCCGGAAGUGAUGAACAUGAGUCUCAACCAAAUGUCUCAGAUUCAGUAAAAGAAGACCAACAACUGAACCAGGAGGACCAAAAUGUAAGCCAACAGAAGCCAUUAGCAAAGCCACUGACAGAAGCUGAGAAUCUCCUGAAGCAAAUUCUGGUAAAGAACCAGCGAUUCCUCGAUACAGCCGAGGCACUCUUCCUGCUCAACAUUCCCAUAGAAAUCCUCAACGUCGUCUGCGACGCCCCCGAUUUCCACAAUCAAGAGAGCAGACUGACGGCAGAUUGCGGGUACGAAGUAAUGAAACGGAAGGGGAAAAGACAAGAGUUGCUCAGAACUCAUCGCUACACGAAGCUACGCCUCAAUUCUACGGAAAACCUAGAUGACCUAAUCAAGCAACUGUGCAAUGAUCUCGAGAAGCUGAGAUUGUACGGAAGGAACGGAAACGCGGAGUCGGGAAUCGAAGAUUACCUGCCGAAGAUGCUCGAAGCCGAUGUUUGUAACAGCGAGCCGGACGUGAAUUCAAUGUGGGAGAUCGGCUGGGAGAAGGCCGAUUUGAAGUUUCCUGAGGAGGAGGAAGUGAUACGAGAGGUCGAGAAGCAGGUCCUGAAUGGGCUUCUCGAUGAGGUCGUCGGCGACUUUCUGGCAGUGUUCUGAUCGGGAGAAUCGUCGUUCCCGGUGAUUUUUUUGCGCGGGGGAAUUUUUUUUUUUUUUUUUUUGUUGUUGUAAAAAUGGA